AAAUUUACGGCUAUCGUAUGGGACGAAUGUAACUUCAAAAUUAUUAAUAAGAAAAUAUCUGAAUAUCGAAUAUAUUCAAGAUUUGCAAUUAUUAGAAAGUACUUUGCAAGUACUUAAUAUAAUUUAUAUAAACUAUGUACAUAUAGAAAUAAUAGUAUAGAAUAUACGUGUAUUGACUUUUUAUAGUCCAUUCGUAUCUUAUGUAAAAUAAAGUUAAAAUAUAGAAAUCAUCAUCGUUGUAAACUAGCAACCUUCUAAAAAUAUGAUUAAUCAUCGUUCUUAUCAUUACAAUGUUACGAUUUAAUAAAUAAUAAUGCGCGAAAUAGACAUGUUAACAGUUUAAAUUAGCCGCUAUUAGAUGCCAUAUUUAAAGCGUCAUUGUGCUUCGUUUUCAGUGCUAUUGAUUCUUUAAAGACAACGUAGUUUUGUAGUCGUUUAAACGUAAAAAAGUAGACUUUUUAAAGCUUUAUAGUCAUUGGACAGUCAAAUCAUAAAUGCAUAUAAUUUUUUAUUUAUUUAACCAACUAUGGUAGUGCUCACACAUGUGCAACGUGUACGAAUGUUAUAUAAAAUGAUUUUAAGGUUACAUCGUGGUUUACCAGUAGAAAUCCAAUCUCUUGGAAACGAAUAUGUUCAUGAUGAAUUUAGGAGACACAAAACAUGCAAUCCUACUGAAUCGCAUAUUUUUUUAAAUGAAUGGACGGAUUAUGCAUUGUCGUUAGCUAAGCAACUAGGAUUACGAGGGCCAAAGACGUCAGAACCAAUAGGAAAGAGUUUAAAGGAAGAAGAUUUUGAUAAACUAAGGGAUGAACAAUUACAUCAAUUAUAUGAAUUAAUGGUAGCUGCAACAGGAAAAUCUGAAAAUAAAUUCAAUAAAUCAUAG